CCCCCGACGAGCUCGAGACGGCCGCGGCGCCCCCGGUGCCUGGCGCGCCCUCGAUGGGCGUGGGACCCUCGAUGACCGGCGCCCCCUCGAUGGCCCUGGCACCCUCGGUGAUGACCGGCGCACCCUCGAUGGCCCUGGCACCCUCGGUGACCGGUGCACCCUCGAUGGCCCUGGCACCGUCGGUGACCAGUGCACCCUCGAUGGCCGUGGGACCCUCGGUGACCUGUGCACCCUGCAUGGCCGUGGCACCCUCGGUGACCGUGGCACCUUCGAUGGCCCUGACACCCUCGGUGACCGUGGCACCCCCAGUGACUGUGGGACACUCGGUGACCCUGGCCCCCGCGAUGGCCGUGGCUUCCUCGGUAGCCCCCGGCGGGCUGCCUCUUCUGGACCCCGACGUGAGCCCCCGGCCGUCUCCCCCAGACGUGUUCGCCAGCUUCGCCCCGCACCCGGCCGCCCUGGGUCCCUCGACGCUGCUGGCCGAGCAGCUGAACGUGAUCGGCAGUCGCAAGAAGAGCGUGAACAUGACCGAGUGUGUGCCGGUGCCCAGCUCGGAGCAUGUCGCGGAGAUCGUGGGUCGUCAGGGGUGCAAGAUCAAGGCUUUGCGCGCCAAGACCAAUACCUACAUCAAGACGCCGGUGCGCGGCGAGGAGCCGGUCUUCAUCGUGACGGGGCGCAAGGAGGACGUGGAGAUGGCCAAGCGCGAGAUCCUGUCGGCCGCCGAGCACUUCUCGCUCAUCCGCGCCACGCGCAGCAAGGCGGGUGGGCUGUCGGGGGCCACCCCGGGCCCCCCGAACCUGCCCGGCCAGACCACCAUCCAGGUGCGCGUGCCCUACCGCGUGGUGGGGCUGGUGGUGGGGCCCAAGGGCGCCACCAUCAAACGGAUCCAGCAAAGGACGCACACGUACAUCGUGACCCCGGGUCGCGACAAGGAGCCGGUGUUCGCGGUGACCGGGAUGCCCGAGAACGUGGACCGCGCGCGCGAGGAGAUCGAGGCGCACAUCACGCUGCGCACCGGGGCCUUCACCGACGCGGGGCCCGACAGUGACUUCCACGCCAACGGCACCGACGUGUGCCUGGACCUGCUGGGGGCCGCGGCCAGCCUCUGGGCCAAGGCCCCCCACCCGGGACGGAGCGGGGCGGCCCCGGGGGGCGGCGGGGAGGCAGAGGGGCCCACGCGUGUCGCAAACAGCUUUAACUCCUGCAGCAGGCGUCGAGGCCGUCAGCUUGCGGCCCAGCGGCAGCGGCGCCUCGGUCCUUGA